AUGGGGAUGUUAAACUGUGACCCGGUGGAUGAAAAGGUUGUCACAGGACAGAGACACCCCCACACUCCUUUCUCCAUCUUGGACAUCUUGAAUCAUGCCAGGAGCAGUGGACAAAGAGCAGCAGGAGAAGCUGAGCAGGAGUCCAGGUCAGAGGAAGAAGACUCAGAUGAUGUUACAUUGUCAUCAAGAGGUUCAGUUCCUGGACCAGCAGAUGCGGCAGGAUGCUCUCCAGAGGAAAGGUCAGAGAAAGAGGAUGGCCAUCAGAAAGCCAAGCCUCCCUCAUCUACCACUAAACCCCGCAGGGCACGAACUGCCUUCACUUAUGAACAACUUGUAGCCCUUGAGAGCCGAUUUCGCAGUAGCCGGUAUUUGUCAGUGUGUGAGCGACUGAGUCUGGCCCUGACCCUCCAACUUACAGAGACCCAAGUAAAGAUUUGGUUCCAGAACCGAAGAACAAAAUGGAAGAAGCAGCAGCCUAAUGGGAGUCUUGAAGGAAGCAUGUGCAACACACAGCCCUGUUCAACGAGCCCUAGUAUUCAGUUUAGUUCACCAUUCCCUUCCUACCCUUUUACAACACACAUGUCCCAUAUAAACCAUAGUUCGAACCACCAUUCUGCUUUUCCCCUUAUUUCUAGUCAUUCCAGCUCAUUCCGACUGUUACCAGCAGGUGUCACCUUUUCCCCGUUAAUGGGUUCCAGCCGAAUGACUUCAUUUUACAACCAUGCUGUUUGAGUUUAU